AUGUCCGAAUCUCCUUUAGCACGACUUCCCUCUUGGCUGAGCCGCUGGCUUGGCUAUCGGUCGACUGCCCCGAAGCCUCUCCCGCCGUAUCUGACGUGGUUUUGGUCUUUCAUUGCGGCGUUCUGCGGUCUGUCGGUGGUCCAGGCCAUUUUCAACUACUCCCAGUAUUUUCUCGACCGUGGUGUACCCGGAAUUAUCGCUUCGUUUGGAGCCUCGGCAGUACUAUGCUUCGGUGUUAUUGACAGUCCACUGGCGCAGCCUCGCUCGCUCAUUUUCGGGCAUUUCUUCAGCGCACUGGUCGGAAUAUGUAUCACCAAGCUCUUCAGUCUCAUGCCCGAUGAAGAGCGAUUCAAUUCCUUGCGCUGGCUGGCCGCCUCGCUCUCGUCAUCCGUGGCCAUCGUGGUGAUGCAGAUCACCCAGACCACGCAUCCCCCGGCGGGCGCGACGGCGCUUCUUCCCGCCGUCGACCAAGCUGUCUGGGAGCUUUCCUGGUAUUACUUGCCAGUGGUGCUGCUGUCCUCGACAAUGCUUAUGGCGGUAGCUCUGCUGGUGAAUAAUAUCCAGCGGCGGUAUCCGGUUUUCUGGAUCGCCCCGGCCAAGCCGGCGGUUCUUCCGCAGACGAAUGCGAAGUAG